AUUCUGUGUAUAUAUUUUUUUCUAGCCAUCUUCUUGUGCAUCAGGCCACCUGCGUCAACGAAUAUAACAAUUUUCGCUGGAACUGACUUUGCGCACCAUUUUUUUUAUACACAGGGGAGUACUAAUAUUAAUAAAAAAUGCCAUUUAAGCGUAAAAGCAGGAAAUAUAUAUGCGAAUCGAAGCAUAUCAAUAAAAGUACAUCGAACAUUAAUAUUAUUGACAAAAAAAUGGACCUUCAGCUUAAUAAACUAGACGGAAUAAAUAACCUGGACAAAAAAAUAGACAUCAUGAUUAAUAAACUGGACCGAAACACAGCGGAAAUGGUGGCUCUUCGUUCCGAAAUUGGCUCCAUUAAGGCGAAGGUUUGUGGUGAGAUCCGCAAACCCAAAGUAGUUCUGCCUUGCCAACCGCUCACAACCAUAGAAGAAUUGGAUCAUUUCGAGCAUAACUUGCAGGAAGAAAGUUUCUUCAAAAAUGUGAUCGCAGAGUUAAUGAUGUCGGGCGAGAAAGCAUUCGACAAAUGGAUUCGGAGUUCUUGGCGUUCAAUUGUGUCCGACGAGGUCGCACGACAGUGCUCUUGGCGGGGCACAGAGGAGAAAAAGUGCAUUAGGGGCUUGCGGAUUACUCUAGCCAUCCGUACGGGAUUUAAGGAAAGAUUUUCGUUAGAAGACGCCGAUUUCGACCGAAUCACGCAAAAAUUUUUCCAGUACGCCCAGGACAGAGUGUCGAAGGAGAAAAAACAAAUUAAAUUUAAUUCACUAAUAUAAUUUUUUAAUCUAUUUAUG